AUACGAAGGGGGAAAUAACAGGAAAUCAACAUGAACCUAGAGCGCCUUCCCAAUGAGGAAAAACUCACCCUCUGCAGGAAAUACUAUUUAGGGGGAUUUGCAUUCCUUCCGUUCCUGUGGCUGGUGAAUGUGGUGUGGUUUUUCAAAGAGGCCUUUGUAAAGCCAACAUAUACUGAACAACUUCAGAUCAAAACAUAUGUAAAGCGAUCAGGGCUGGGGUUGCUACUGUGGGUUGCAGUACUCACCACAUGGAUAACCAUAUUCCAACACUUCAGAGCAGAAUGGGGUGAAGUGGGCGACUACCUCUCCUUCACCAUUCCACUUGGCAUUCCCUGAGACAGACAAGGCGGGGAAACAAGAACGCUUCCUACUGUAUAAACCUUUACCAUGACAGAAUUAAUAGACAAAUCUAACAUAGGUUGAAAUGGUUAAAUGUGUAGUUGAUCUCAAUGGAUAAUCAUGGUAAUUUUUUCUGGGCUUUAAUGAGUGGGAAGAUGUCCUAUGAACACUGCACCUUUCCCCCAAAUUGUGUGUAGUGUGUGGAUGUCUCAACACGUUUGAGUAAAUUUGGAAGGUUAUACAGGCGAAUGGUAUGUAUGACAAAAAUAAAUAGCAAAUUCAUUAACUUUAUAAAUUAAAUGGAAGUGUAUGUGUUUUUUAUUUGCUGUAAUAAAGUUUUCGGUUUAGAUGCCA